AACGAGGAUGGGAACGGCCUUGCCUUUCACCGACAUGAACGAAAUUGGCUGCUGCUUCUAACUGGCACCAAGAGAUGGUACUUCCACGGCGGUACCCCCGUCACUGCCCUGCAGCGCGUGUCCGAAGAAAGCCUGAUCAAGGCGGAGGUUGAGGCCGCUACCGCAGGUGAGCUCCAAAGUCACGAGCAAAAACCUGGCGAAUGCAUGCUGAUUCCGGAUGGAUACUGGCAUUGCACCUACAAUGACCCUGCCGAACAAGACAUGACCUUUGGUGUGGGUGGUAUGGGCAGGUUCCACAGCGAGGUCGAGGCCCUCUGCGCCUUCGGCUUUUUGGCGGAGCUCCGUCAGACGAAACGCGAGGAGCUGAGCCAGGUGCCACAGCUGUUGUGUACAGCCGCCGAGCAGGAUCAGCUUCAAGUGCUGCAAUGUCUCAGCGAGAUGCUGGGUGUGGAUGCCUUGCAUCAGGCUGUGCCUGAGACCGGUGCCACAGCCCUGCACAUGGCCGCCAGUAGCGGCGCCGUGGAGGUGUUGGAAUGGAUGAUCAAGGUGGGUGGGCCAAAGUUGUCUCCCAACCUGCUGGACGCCCAUGGUGCCUCGCCCGGGCACUGGGCUGCGCGCGGCGGCAAGCUGGAGAUUUUGCAGCUGCUGCUGAAGGCCGGCGCCGACUUGUCCUUGCGUGACGCGCACAGUGGGGUGACGCCCCUGCACCUCAUGGCGGCCGAG